AUGGAGCGAGUUGUAAUCGUCGGCGCAGGGCUUUAUGGUCUCAUUGCGGCGAAAACAUAUCUUCAGGUCAAUGGCGUAUAUGACCAUGGCGAUGGAAUGAAAGAUGCGACCGCAGCUGAGACCGCGAUCCCAAGCUGUUUCGCCGACAAGGCGCAUAUUAGCGAACGCGGCCAGGGCUGCUCUCUAUUGGUGAUCGAUUCUGCAUCAGAUAUCGGCGGAACCUGGGCUGAAGAGCGACUCUAUCCCAACCUUCUCAGCCAGAAUUCAUAUGGACUGUAUGAAUUCAGUGAUCUCUCGCUCACUAACGUCGUUCCGCCGGAUGAAGAUGGACCUGGGCAGCAGUUUAUUGCGGGCUGGAAGAUCAAUCGGUAUCUUCAUGCAUGGGCAGAGAAGUGGGAGUUGAAAGAACACAUUCGGUUGAACUGGAGAGUCGAUAGCAUCCAACGUCUGGAAGGCAAAGAAUGGCAGCUCAACAUUUGUGUCACAUCGGAUAGCAACCGUAAGAUCAGCAUUGUCUGCGACAAACUGAUACUUGCCACAGGGCUCACUUCGGUGCCAAAGUUCCCACAAGUGGAAUCGCCUCCGAAGAGCAAGAGGACCAACUCAGUCAUCCACGCCAAAGAUAUUGGGGAUUGGGCACGUCAAAAUCUGGGGUAUCGUCCAUUGCCGGCUGCCAAACAUGAGGAGAAUAGUAUGCCCCAACAGGAACCAAGGAGCCGUCAAUUUCGCUCGGUCGCGAUCCACGGCGGUGCUAAAUCCUCAUUCGACCUAGUACACUUUUUCGCCACACUGCAUCAACAUGACCCAAGGGCGCAUCUGAAUGUAACACCCCAGAGCCCAGUACAGAUACAUUGGAUCAUUCGCGAGAAGGGCACUGGACCUUCGUGGAUGGCGCCGCCAAUGUCAACUCUGCCCACUGGCGAAGUCGUCCCCAGCGACAAAGCAGCAAGCAGUCGGCUUCUGCAUUACCUCGACCCAUUCUGUUUAGAGAUCCCAAAACGCGUCGUUUUUCAAAAGGUGAGAGGAGGAUACUUCUGGAGCCUACGCAUGGAAGGAUCGUGGUGGGCACGGAUGCUUCACGGAAACCCGGUCGGUCGUUGGUUGAUACGUCGGUUCUGGGGCUCAAUUGAUCGGGAGUUGGAAGAGACAGCACAAUAUAUUAAAGGUUCGAAGAUAGAAAUGCUCCGACCGAGCCACAGUGUCGUAUCAUGCAACUCAACCAUCGGCAUCGCCAACCAGGCGAAUCUAUGGGAAACGAUUCGAUACUCUCAUGUGAACAUUUAUCGGUCCACUAUACAGCGUAUUUCAGUCCCUGACAAUAAGGACAAAACCGGGCGGAGUGAUGGAGUGAGAGUCACAUUGGGGGACGGUGCCUGCCUUGAAGAUGUCGACCUGGUCGUCCACGCCACAGGGUACAAACCCAUUGUGCGCAUCAGAUUUGAGCCUCAUUUACUUCGGCUGCAACUCGGAAUAUCGGAUAUCGUAGAUCACGAGCCUGGCCCGGAGAUAGAAUAUGACAUGGAAGGCAUCGAGGGUGAGACGAUGGAUCGAGCUAACUCGGAGUUCGCGAAGCGCAUGCAGAGCUGGCAGGAAUUGGACCAAAGAUCAAAGGAACAAAUUACAAAGACUUUGAUUGACAAUGGAUGUUCCCCAGAGAGCUGCGAUGCACCACCGGGGACUGAGCAAAGUCAAGUGGUACCAUUUCGCCUCUUCCGCCGGAUGGUGGCACCGGAAUUGGUGGCCGAGGGCGAUCGAUCCUUUGCAGUUCUCGGAGUAAUUCUCACAUCAACAAUCGCAGUCGUGGCCGAAGUUCAAGCGCUCUGGGUGGCUGCUUUUCUGACCGGUGGAAUGGAUGUUUCCAGGUCUUGUCCACUUGACUCUUUUCAUCUGGACCUCUUUUCGAGAGAUCGAAUGGCAGAAUCCAUUGCGGACGAUGUGGCAAUUGGAACAGUGACUGGCAGUGGUUUGCAAGUAGAUGCGAUCCACUAUAAUGAUAUCUUGAUGCAAGACCUCGGACUGAAUCCCCAUCGAUUGGGUGGAGGGAGGUGGAGGGAACUGACUGGGGUGUAUCAGCCAUCAGCGUAUGCGGGAAUUAAUGCAUACACCGUUGAGUCAUCCGAGGUUGGCGCUGCCUCUGCUACAUAUGAGACUAUCCAGUUCAUCAACGAAGACCCUCUGAAGGAUGAAGAUGAUGCGGAGUCUCCGAAAGAGCGGUCAUCAUCACCUGAGGAAGAUCUUCAAAUUCACCAUGAACGAAAACGAGAACCCCAUCUCUCGGGCCCGGACACAUACGCACAGUCACUCGAUGUGGAGCUACCGCAAUGGCAUGCGGAUGGCCCUUCCUCUCAAGGUAUCUCGCUCACGCAGCCCCCAAAAACCAUCUUCAACCACAAUGAUGAGUCCGCGGUCGCUGGUUUAUUGGCAUUGGGAACAUGCACGCAAGAGACAAUAGCACCGAGCAUGACUUUUUCGGAGGUCGCAACCUCCCCGCCAAUAAAAGAACCAUCUUUCACUCAAGCAAUGGCCCCGGCCAGAAAUCCCGAUUUCCCCAUGGUCUUUUCUCCAGGCCGCGUUGCCAAUGCAACACCUUCAACUCUCGCAAUCACAUCCACCCAGACAUUGAAGCUGAUUCGCCAUUACCGCUAUGAGGUCGCACCGUGGCUUGACAUUUGCGACCUCGGCCAAUUUUUCGGAAUUCAAGGCUUACAGCUAGCCAUGGUCUCCCAGCCGGUCUGGCAUUCCGUCCUAGAACUAUCGGAGGCGUCGAUGAAUUUGCUACGACCACUCUCGUCCUUGGUCAUCACGGACAAAACACCAGGGGCUCCCGCGACUCCGGAGACGCAGCUAGACAUCACGACACUGGCAUUUCUCCGUGCGAUAGAUGAAUCCAAGAACUGUAUAUUGAAUUUCCAGGCGACGUGGUCUCCUCAGAGGGUCUGUGACAAGGAGUUAUUGGAUUCUCUGGGGCCGCAGACUGUACGCCGUGACCUCAAUUCGGCCAUUUACUGGUUGUUUGUUCGACUUGACCUCGCAGCUGCUCUAGCCACGGAUACCGACAUCCAAGUUCCCCUACUCCCAUCACUGCCGUACUUGACAAGUGGAGACCUGGAAACCGACCCAUUUGAACAUGUUUUCUGCUUCGCGCAUCGUCCGCUUUGGUUGUGUACAAAAGCAGUGCAAUUCAUGCACAAUGAUGACCCAUCGCCGCAGAAUCCUCCGCUGCGCGUGUGGAUGGAUCUCAUGGAGGAGCUCGAACAAUGGUAUCAAGAACGGCCGCAAGGAUUUAAACCCAUGAUGGAGAUCGACCUUGAGGACCAGGCUACCGGGCAGGGACAGGGGUUCCCGGUCGUUCUUUUCGCUCACGGAUCGGGGGUAUUUAGCAAUCAGCUAUACCAUACAGCCAUGUUGCUAUUGCUGCAUAAUCGGCCACGCACUGCGCCGACACCCGCUUAUCAUUCAACGACCAUGUCACCGCUUUGGCAUGCUCAGCGAAUAUGCAGCAUUUCUGUGAAUAAUGAGCGUCGGGAGUGUUGGGAUCCGGUUCUUCUGGCUUCAUUUCUGACGGCGGCUCGUCGGAUGACCCACGAGUCGCAGCAACAUGAAAUUCUGCGUGGUUUCGAGCGCAUUCGAAGAGUCACCGGGUGGGAUGCGAGUGACUUCCUGCACAGUCUCCAAGAGGAGUGGGGAUUUCCGGAGUCGUGA